AGUGGGAGGUAUGGACUUUGCUAUUCAUAGUAUUUUGUAUCUGCAUUUGAGAAGGUGUGAUUUUGUUGCACAUUCCAGAACUAACUUUGGAAGUUGAGGAAUGUCAGUGAUGGAAAUAUCUCCUUUAAUUAUGGAAAAUGUCACGAUCAAUAAGGUUGAUGACCCUGAUGAAACUGUUACCAUCUAUGCAAAAGAUGAAAAGAAGCAGACAAAAGGAGGAAGAGAGAAAACUAUCAUGCAGGAAGGUAUUCAUGAUAAACAGACAUGGGACAACAACAAUGAAAAUAUUCCCACAAACAUGGGAAAGGAUGGGAUCUACCAUGUGCACAAUCCCAAUGAAAAUGAUGAAGAAUCAAAAUUUGGAGUGAACAAGAAGGAAGGAGCAGGUGAUAAUUAUAGAUGUAAUUACAAUGAUGAUAAUAUACAAAUAACUAUGAAAAACAGUGAGAUCGCCCACAAUAAUGACUCAGAUGAACCUGAAGUUGAUAUUACAAAUAUACAAAUUGAUAAGAAUCUACAAAAAAGUGACAAUAUGAUAAAGCUGGAUAAAGUACAAGACCAUCAAGCAUGGGAAGUCAACAUGUGCAAGAUUGCAGAAAACAAAGAAGAUUCUUGUAGUGAUAGUGGUGGGAUGACAAUGGUGGAAAUAUCUCCCCAAAUGAUAGAACUUAUUUUUAUCAAUCGGGUUGAUGACCCUGAUGAAACUAUUACCAUCUAUGUAAAAGAUGUAAAGAAACAAACAAAUAAGGGAGGAAGAGAGAAUACUAUUGUACAGGAAAGUAUUCAUGAUCAACAUGUAUGGAAAAACAACAAUGAAAAUAUUCUCCGAAACAUGGAAAAGGAUGGUAUCUAUCAUGUGCGCAAGCCCAAUGAGCCUGAGGCAUGUAGUACCAUGGAGUUGAAUGAUAAAGUAAACCAAUCAAACUCUGAGCAAAUUGAGAGGAUGAUUUCGGAGAAAGGUGGGGGUGAUCAGCAGGCCUGCAAUGCCAAUAUUAGCAUUGAAAGCUUUGGGAAACACCAAAUAUGUAAGGAUAAUUAUUCAGCUGAAAAUGAUGAAGAGUCGAGAUUGGGAAUGAACAAGAAGAAAGGAGCAGGUGAUAAUUAUGUAUGUGACUGCAAUGAUGGUGUUAUUCAGGUGACUAUGGAAAACAAUGAGAUCACCCACAAGAAUGACUCAAAUGAACCUGAUGUUAUCGUCACAAAUCUACAAAUUGAUAUUAAAUUAACAAAUGACAAUAUGAUAAUGUGGGAUAAUGUAGGUCAUCAUCAAGCACAGGAGGUCAACAUGUGCAAGAUUGCAGAAAACAAAGAUGAUUCUUCUAGUGAUAGUGGGGAUGAAGGAGGGAUAUGGUUCACAGCACCGGCGACUGAUCCAGAAGAUGAGGACCUCCUACCAACUUUUUUUGAUGAGGAAAUACCAACAUAUUUUGGAUGGGAGCAAUCCAUGUGGUGUUUUUUAGAAGGAAGGGAAAAAUUCUAUUCUUACUUUGGUGAACCUGAUUGGUAUGCAGAUGAACAUUCCUAUGUACCAACAUAUAGAGAACCAGCCUAUCAGUAUCCAAGGUUAGAGAAAGACAGCUUUCAACCUUGCUAUUCUUGGAUGAAAAGCCAGCCAUUAUUACUUCCUGCCCAUUUGUGGAAGAUUGACCUGUGGCCAUCCCCAGAAAUCACAGAAGAUACCUGGCCUAUCGAGAGUGAGAGAAUAAGCGACACAUCAGAGAAUACAAUAGAAGGAAAAAGCAGUAAAAAGAGAAGGAUGCUUUCAUUCUUUAGAUGUUGCUCAUGGACAUCUAGAAAACAGAAAAAGGUACACUAUGAAAAGCAGAUUUUAGGGGACUCAGAAAGAACCAGCGAUGAAGAUGUUUCUGAAGACAAAGUGUCCCCAGAUUGCUGUAUUUUUUCAUGUUUUUUUUCUUCUAGGAAAUAGAGGGGGAAACCCCAAGAAAUAAAGUUAGGAGAGGAAAUUUU